AUGGCUACAAGCCAGGGCGAUGAGGAUACUGCCCUCUCCAAAUAUGCUUGCGACUCAUGCAGAUCAAGCAAGAUUACUUGCUCCCGUGAACGGAAUAGUUGCGAACGCUGCACGAAGAGAGGAAUUCCUUGUAUCUACUCGCGUGUAGGCAUCAUUCGUCGUGCUAGAAAACGCAAGCACGAGACACAGCAGGCUAGCGGUGCAAUCGCAACUCCUCGGCCCGCGCCUGGGUCUGAUGAUGGCUCGGCUUCCAAGAUCCUGCGAAGCGACGGUCGCCCACAGUCAUAUCUUGCCUCUGAUAUUGAAUUGACCGAAGAAAGCUUAGGCGGUUCUAAAAGCCCGGGUCAGCGAGGUCCAUUCAACGCGCUGCUGAUGCUGAACGAAGCCAGUACAGCCACGACUGUUAACAACGAGCCAACUGUGCUGGACAGUGCGAGAAUGGUCGAAAAGUAUGGAGUUCACGAAAACCGUCCACUGCGCAUAUGGUUCCAGCUGCUAAUGAUGCCAUUGGUUUUUGAGAACGCCUUGCGAGAUAAAGAACCUUUGCUUAGUCCGGCACCUCCUGAAGUGGUACGCUCUCUGAAAGCGUCUCGCCCAGAUGAGAUUCAAGAAAAAGCCUGGUUAGUGAUGUACUACUGCAUUAUAUUGAGAGUCACCGACGCUGUACAUCUCAAAAGCCAGCUGCGACAAGAGCUCUGGGCCUCACUCGGAAAUAUUAGCGUCCUGAUGAAACCGAGCGACGCGAACAUCCAGGCUAUUCUCAUGGUUAUUGGUCUCGUACCGGACUUGAUAGACCCCUCAUUAUGCUGGAUGCUCUCUACAAGCGCCUGCAGGAUGUUACAAGCCCUGGGUGUUACCCACAGAAGGAUCGACGCUCAGAAUCGGGAACAACGGCGGCUGAGAUUCUGGCAGCUUAAUCUCGUUGACAAGGCGCUUGCUGUCAUAUUCGGUCGAUCUCCAAUUUUCCCUCAGAGGAUGGGCAUUGAGGUUGGUCUUCCGACAUUGGAGCAGAUCCGACCAUCUACGCAGCACCGGACGUCAGAUGGCAGUAAAGGGUAUUUUGCAUCGCACCUCAUGUAUCAGAAAUUUCUGCUCUCAAAGGUUAUGGCAGAUAUCUGGCAGUGCCUCUACGGUGAAAUAGAGAGCCAAGAUCUCGAAAUAGAGUCGGUCAUUGCUAACCUCGAAUCUUGGUAUGAACAGGCACACAAGACUCUUGAAGCUACUGCGAUAUCUGAAAAGCCAUUUUGCAAUGCACAAAAUGCCAAGUCGAUAGACAUCGGUCUUCGCAGCCAGGAUUUCCAUUACUUUUAUCUGAAGAUCCUUCUGUUUCGAAAAUCCCCACCCCGGCGCUCCCAGUGCAUCACUAGCUCUAAGGAAUUGCUCAACCUGCUUCUACAUCUAUCCCCAGAAUCAGACGAGCCAUAUCACCCUUUUCUCUGGCAAUUUCUAUACUCUCCAUUCACUGCAUUUUUGUUGUUAUUUCGUGACAUUUUACUCAACCCCGGCCGUGAACCUAAGGACAAUCAAGAAGCUCUGGCUGCUAUGGAGAAUCUUCCGGAGUUCCUGGAAAAGAUGGCCUCGCGGAAUCCCCUUGCCACAAGGCUGAGGGAAGUUUCAAGAGUGCUCAUUGGCCAUGCGGAGUCUGCGUUGACUCCAAGUGGACAAUCUCGAGCUGGAUCAGAUGGUCUAGUGGCAGAAUCGACUUUCACAUCGAGUGAGACAGCAACUGAAGAAGAAGACCUAGGGCAAGUGGGUAGCCUAACAUGA